CAUUUCCUUUUGUCUGGGCAUAUGCACAGAAUGUGCCUUCCUUCUCCCCCAGAAGCAAAGGCGAAUGCAAUCUUCCCACUCCGUCAUCUGCUCCGCAAUUCACUCUUUCCAUUCGAUUCCUUCAGAAGCUUGCUUUUUUAACUCAAACGCAUACUUCAAUCCCCACUUCCCAUUAGACAAUUCCAAAACAGUGUCUUGCGGUGAAGGUAUCGCUAAGUUUCACACGCUUCCCUGUCCAUUUUUUUCUGCGUCAUUCACUUCUUUGCCUUCUUCUGCAUCUUGGGCUUCUCCGUUUUCCUCUUCUUCCUCCAUGGGAACCCCAGAAAACAUUCUCGAACCUGAAGCUCAGAAGUAUGUGUAUUCGGUGUGGGCUCAACCAACGGAAGAUGUGCGGGAUAGGAUGAAGAAGCUGAUGAGCGGCCUCCGAUCGGAGUUCGGUGGGCCUGAGUUUGAACCCCACAUAACAGUCGUAGGCGCGAUCAGACUGACUGCCGAUGACGCUCUCAAGAAGUUCCGGUCCGCGUGUGAAAGCCUCAAGGCUUAUAAUGCCACCGUUGAUCGUGUGGCUACAGGGACUUUCUUUUAUCAGUGUGUUUACCUUCUGAUUCAUCCCACCCCUGAGGUAGUGGAAACUAGCGAUCACUGCAUCAGUCAUUUUGGUUACAAUAGAUCAUCUCCUUACAUGCCACACCUGAGCCUUCUGUAUGGAGAUUUAACUGAUGAGGAGAAGAAAAGGGCUCAAGAAAGAGCCAAUGCUCUCGAUGACGUCAGUGGGUUGAGCUUUCAAAUAAGUCGCCUUGCAUUAUACAAGACAGACACUGAAGACAAAACUCUGAAAUCCUGGGAGAAAAUUACUGAUUGUGUUCUUAGUCCAAGUUAGCUUUGCUUCUUAUGACCUAUUUUGAUGAUAUCUGUUGAGGAUUUGCUUGUGACUUAAAUUUGACUCAAUCCACAGUCUCAUGAACCAUAUUAGGUCCCUGUUACUCUAUGGAAAUGAUAUAGAAAAGAGCAGAUAUGAUCCUCGAGUGAAAAAACAGGGAACAAGCUCAAUUUUUUAUUUUUUAUUUUUUUUGAGGUCAGGAGGGAACAACCUGAAGUUGAAAGAAGUGCACUGAAUUUUAUCUUGGUAUGCAUGUGGUUUUAAGGGCAGGUUUGUCUAUCCAAA